CCGGAGCGCGAGCGUGCGCGGCGGUCAGCUGAGCGACGCCCGCGGGUCGCGAGGCCGCGCGUCACGCCCGCUGCCCGAGCCCGGCCGCCCCAACGCCGCCCCCACCUGGCCGUGCCUGGCCGGCGUCGCCUCCGCGUCCGGAGCUCUCCUCCAGGGACGCGAUGCCCAGGAAGCAGUGACCUGGAGGGAAACCGAUCGCGGGCGGCCGGAGCUGCUGCUAUGUCCCACCAGCCUCUCAGCUGCCUGACUGAAAAGGGGGACAGCCCUGGUGAAACCACAGGGAAUGGACCUCCCAGCCUGGCUCACCCCAACCUGGACACCUUCACCCCGGAGGAGCUGCUCCAGCAAAUGAAAGAGCUUCUGGCUGAGAACCACCAGCUGAAAGAAGCCAUGAAGCUAAACAAUCAAGCUAUGAAAGGGCGAUUUGAGGAGCUUUCAGCCUGGACAGAGAAACAAAAGGAAGAACGCCAGUUUUUUGAAAUCCAGAGCAAAGAAGCCAAAGAACGUCUGAUGGCCUUGAGUCAUGAAAACGAAAAAUUGAAAGAAGAACUUGAAAAACUAAGAGGAGACCCACAAAGAUCAGCAGAGGACCCCAGUGGUGACACGAGACUUCCCAGGGUGGAAGUGGAGCAGGUGGUAAAGCAGCUGAAAGCCCAGGUGGCAAAGCUGCAGUAUGAGAAGGCGGACCUGCUGGGCAUCAUAUCGGAACUGCAGCUCAAGCUGAACUCCAGCGGCUCCUGCGAGGACUCCUUUGUGGAGAUCCGGAUGGCUGAAGGAGAAGCUGAUGGGGCAGUAAAAGAAAUCAAGAGCAGUUGUCCUAGGCUCCCAAGAACGGACUCCACUGACAUGAGCAAAUCCGUGGAAGGCACCAAAAAGUACCUGGAAUUUGAGUUGGAACUGACUGUGAGCCAGCUGCUGCUUUGCCUGAGGGAAGAAAACCAGAAGGUGGAGAAACUUGAAAUUGCACUCAAAGAAGCCAAAGAAAGAAUUUCAGAGUUCGAAAAGAAAGCAAAUGAUUACUCCGAGGUUGACACCCAGACAAAAGAGAACACAGGAAAAGAGAAUGAAGAGGAGAAAGGCGUAGAGACUGUCGGAAGUGAAGUGGAAAUGUUGAACCUCCAGGUGACGUCCCUAUUUAAGGAGCUUCAGGAGGCUCAUACAAAGCUCAGCGAGGCUGAGCUAAUGAAGAAGAGACUUCAGGAAAAGUGCCAGGCCCUUGAAAGGAAACACUCUGCAACUCCAUCAGAGCUGAGUGAAAAGCAAGAGCUGGUCUAUAAUAAUAAGAAAUUGGAACUCCAAGUGGAAAGCAUGCGGUCCGAAAUCAAAAUGGAGCAAACGAAAGUGGAAGAGGAAAAGUCCAAGUUAGCCAUUCUGCAGUCAACACACAACAAACUUCUUCAAGAACAUAAAAAUGCACUGAAGACAGUCGAGGAACUAAAGAGGAAAGAGUCAGGAAAAGUGGAUACGGCGGUGCUGUGGGAGCUAAAUGAGAAACUGCAGCUGGCCGAGCAGGCGCUGGCCUCCAAGCAGCUUCAGAUGGACGCAAUGAAGCAGACCAUUGCCCGGCAGGAGGAAGAGCUGGACACCAUCGCCGUCCUCAGGGCUCAGAUGGAUAUCUACUGUUCUGAUUUUCAUGCUGAAAGAGCCGCAAGAGAGAAGCUUCACGAAGAAAAGGAGCAACUGGCUCUGCAGCUGGCGAUUUUGCUCAAAGAGAACAAUGCUUUCGAAGAGGAAGACAGGCAGUCCUUGAUGGAAAUGCAGAGCCGGCAUGGGGCGAGAACCAGUGACCCCGACCAGCAGGCCUAUCUGGUUCAAAGAGGAACUGAUGAUGGGACCUGGCAGGACCAGCAGCCCCGGAGUAUUCCGAUCCACUCUUGCCCCAAGUGCGGGGAGGUCCUGCCUGACAUAGACACCUUACAGAUCCACGUCAUGGACUGUAUCAUUUAAGCAUCGGGGUGUCAUCUCCCGAACUGUUGGUAAAUGUCAGGUUUUUUUCCUCCAAGACCUGUACUUUUGUCUUAUUUGAUUUUCCUCAAAUAUUUUGCCUCACGAUCCUUGUUUCAGGAGAAAGAAAGUAUGUCUGUUCUAAAAAAGAAAACUUCAUGGAUUCCCAUGAACUCACAAAAUAGAAUGCUUAGUUACCACUCUUUGGACACUGAAUUCUCUGGUUUUUAUGAUGUUUGUGCAAACAGAUGCACUGUUUGUGCAGUUAUGAGCAUGGGACAGCCUGACAGAGCUUAUGGAAUUAGAUGGAUUUUUUUUUUAUCAAUUUUUGGUUUUGCUCAGGUUUUCUUUUGUGUUUUGAGACAGGGUCUCACUCUGCAUUUCAGGCUGGCAUUGAACUCACUAUAUUGCCCAGACUGGCCUUGAACUUGUGAUCCUCCUGCCUCAGCGUCCAGAGUGCUGGGAUUACAGGCAUGUAUCUCCACAGUCAGCUCUGCUGAUUGACUGUAAGAACCUUUUGUGAAGGAGAAAAAUGAAGUGGUCACAGAUUUCAUCAGGAAAAAAUGUCUUUGAAAUAUUUUUAAAGUGAAUUAUAUUACUGUAUUGUUUUCCUUCAUCCAUUUAAAAUGGAUAUUUCAGGGUUGUGUGUUUGUGCGUAUGUUGUAGGUUUAUUGCAGCCCCAAUAAUUGUACCAAAGUUACAUAGCUUUUGUCAUCUGAGCACUGUGAGCUUUCAAUUAAUAUCAGGACACAGGAAAAAAAUUCCUGGCAUACAUGACGCCAAGCUCACCUUCUUAUCACUGUUCAGUGUUAUCUUCAAUUUUUUCAUGGUAUUUACUAUAAGUAUAUGGGCUUGUACAGUAGAUAGUUUAUUAAUUUCUAAAACAAACAGCUGUUUCUUCUUAGCUCAGGUUAUAUCUUAGCAAUGAAAAAAGUAGUUACCACAAAAUAAAAUUUUGCUUAUCAAUCUUU